UUGUGGUCAUGUGAAUGAUUUGUGUCUUGUGAGUGCCUGAGAAGAACAAAAACAAAACAAGGUAGCAAAACAUAAUUGCGUGGAUAGAAACUGGUAGGAGAUGUCGAAUAAACUGGGAUCGAGUGAUCAUCUGAAGUAUAUGCCCAGACAUGUUACACUACUCCUUACAGGGGGGUGUUUCUUCUUCAAGUAAAACGGUUUGAGCAAAAUACCAAUAAGUAAUGGCUGCUUGAGCUUGGCCAAACCUAACACAGUACUGGAAAAGCUUUGCCUUGCUGGAGCUCAAUCAUAGCAAACACUGCACCUUUUCUAACAUGUGAGAAUGACUGAACACACUGCAGGGUAAGAAUGCAUGUGUCCAAUGAGACCUGGGUGAUGAACCAAGAUCCUGUCUGUGAAGCUAAGUGAAAUCUGAGGAAGCAGAUCGACAGCUGUUAUGAGCCUACAACUGCAGACAUGGCUGAAGCUGUGAGACCAAAGAAAUCCAAAGUGAAGCAGAGUGGGAAAUCUCAGGAAAAAAAGCAAAAGCCAAGUGAAGUCUUAAAAAUUGUGGGAAAAACUGGUGCCCCAGACUGCCAGGAAUCCUUUCCUGUUCCUCUGAACAAAGCUUUGCAGCAUAGGAACAAAGAUGACCUGCAGCCGAGCCAUGAGUUCACCGACAUCCCUCUGAGCAACGCAGCCGAGGGGCAAGUGAAAGGGGAGGAUGAUCUUCCAUGCACAGUGCCGUCAUUAUUGAGCCCAGAUACCAGAAAAAAAGAGAUUGAGAGAAGGGAGGCAGGGAUCAGCUGUGAAGGUGCUGUAAGAGCUGACACCAGGGGCCAGGAAAAUGCUGAUGAGGAAGGACAGGUUGUCCAGGAUGAGAAGGACCAGAGAGAUAAAGAUUUCUGCAAUGAUGGCACUCAAAAGCAUCAAGUCUUCAGAACAUGGACUAAAGACCGUAAUUCCAAAUGUUUGGACAUAGAUGCCCAGCCUUGCCAAGCUGGAAGAGGUCAGGAAGCCAGCAGUGCACUAGUUUCCUCCAUUAACUCUCGCUGGCAGGGUUUGUGUGCGGACCAGACCAAGGUGUGCGGAUUUCACCGCUUCCAGCAGGUGGUCUUGAAUGAGCCGGUCCUGGGGGAGCUGCGCCGGCUGUUUGAGGCCAAGGCUGAGCUCCUCCACCAGACGGUGGCGCUGCACUCCUACACCACAGUGCUGUCACGGCUGCAGGUGGAGUCCUACCUGUACGGCCUGCUGAGCAGCAACCCAAGCACCAGGGCCGUGGCCGUGCAGGAGUGUACUGCAGAUUCCCCUGAUCUAGUGGCUCAGCCCUCCUCUUUGCAGCCUCUGAAGGAGAGCAUCAGCGUCCUCUUCAGCUUCACUCGGCGGGUCAUUGAUGAUGCUCAGUUUCAAGGAGACAUCCACCUCUGGCUGCAGAAACUGGUGGCUGUCCUGCACAAGGUGGGCUCUGCUGGUGACCACCUGUACCUGCUCUGCCACCUCCUGAUGUGCCCUGCUGGGGUGGGCAAGUGGGCAGUAUCUUUUCUGCAGAUAAGAGUGCUGGAUAACCCCUCAGGAGUUUACCAUUUCAUGCAGGCUUUGGCCAUCUUGAUGUCCCCAGUAAGCAAUCGCGAGGACUUCCUUUGCCACAUGAAGCCCUGUGAGAGGACGGCCAACUCCAGCUGCAAGUCAGGAAAGGAGUCUGGGAACUGGACGCUGGUGGACGAGGGAGGAGAGGAGGAUGAAGAUCCUGAAACAAGCUGGCUACUUCUUGCUGAGGAUGAUCUAAUUGCUCUGUUCUCUCAGUUUCCAUUUGAUGAGCUUUUCAAGCAUUUGUUAGGAAUGACCUCAAAAGAUAAUUAUCAGCCUCAGGCAACAACCAGCCAGAAGAUGAUGAAAAUUUUUGCUUUUGCUUCUUCAUUGGUGGAACUGUUGGCUUUUGGUCUGGAAACGUACAACAGAGCUCGUUAUAGACAGUUUGUAAAGCGCAUUGGAUACAUGAUCAGGAUGACGCUGUGCUAUGUGAGUGACCACUGGGCUCAGUAUGUCAGUGUGAGUGGGGUUGGCAGGACCACGAUGCAGGAACAGUCUUUUUCCAUGGAAAAACUGCAGGUGGAGUUUGACGAGCUCUUCCUGAGAGCUAUGCUGCAUGUGCUCAAGGCUAAAAGGCUGGGGAUAUGGCUGUUCAUGUCAGAGAUGCCCUAUGGAACGCUUUCAAAUACCAUGCUCUGGAAAAUCUUCUACAUCAUGCAGUGUACAGAAACGGAAGGCACAGACUGGCGAAGUUCCAGUCUUAGUGUCGAAGCCUGUAUUCAGAGGCUGAAAGACCCAGAACAGCAGGAGAAGUUUGAAAGCUGGCUGUCGGAGAUAAACAGCUCUGAUGGGAUCUGCUUACUCACUACAUUUGCACACAUGGCCCAGCCCAAACGCACUGAUGCAGACCCUGAGUUUGUCCAAACAAUAGUGCUGCAAAUAUAUGAGGUGUCCUACGUUAGUGUGGCUACAAGAGAAACUUUCUCUAAGGUGGGCCGGGAACUGCUUGCUGCCAUAGCAACGGCCCAUCCAAGCAUCAUCUCUGUGCUACUGGAGCGGCUCCGGGAAACCAUUGACAAAGUGGGAAUGGUGUCCCUGUAUUUGUUCAAGGAGCUGCCUUUGCACCUGUGGAAGCCUGUGGCUGCAGAAAUAGGCGUGAUCCGGGAGUGGCUGCUGGGAUACAGUCUAUCCGCUGUGGAGAACAAACUGGCCUGCAUCAUUCUGGAAGGGCUGAACUGGGGCUUCCAUGAACAGAGUGACUGCCUUGUGCUUGAUCCUUCUUUACACUCUGAAGUAGCUUUGCUGGUUGUGGAAGCUUAUCAGAAAUAUCUCACUGACAAGCCCUACAGCGGGAUCAUCUCUGAGAGCAUCAAGCAGGUUUCCUAUCUAGCCAAUGUGGUCCGCAUGGGUCAUACACCAGAAGCCUCCUUUAAUCAGUGGGCAUGGGAUCUUGUAUUACGACUGAAACUGCAUGCCAAUGACCGCAGGCCCCAGGAUGCCUGGUCCCCCCUGCCCUCUACUAGCUUGGACAUCCCAGAAGUCACAGAGACUCCCACCAUGCACCCUGUCUUCAAAGCAGUGAAAGCUGGAAUACCAAUUGGAUGCUUCCUUGCUAUAGUGAUGACCACUCUCGGGCACAGGCUUGAGCAGUUUUGCAGUGAGGGAGUGAGUUUGCUGAAGAUCCUGGUCCAGUCACGCUACCUGCGAGCUGUGGUUCAUGUCCUUGAAAACCUUCUGCCUUUAGUCUACCCUUGUCAGUAUUAUCUGCUCAAGAAUGAACAAUUUCUGAGCUGCAUUCAGCUGUUUCUGCUGUUAGACAGUGGGACUCCACAGGGUGUGACACAGCAAGUCACGCACAAAGUCGCUCAACACCUGACCGGGGUAUCCUACGGUGAAAACGUCAAGCUCCUGAACAGCGUCAUCCAGACACAUGUGUCGGAGAGCUCCUGUCCUGGCCGGGUGGGUGCAGCCGCUGUGCUGGAGUUCUGGGCCCAAGUUCUGACGGCACAGAGUCUCUGGCACAGGGACAGGACUAUCCUGUAUCUUCUGGACCACUUGUGUCGAGCUGCUUUUUUACACCAGCAGGAAGAGUGCCUGCAGAAGCUGCUCUAUCAGCAGCACAAGAAUGCGCUGGGUUACCAUGGGGACCGGGGGCUGCUGUCAUCCUUUGUUGGUUGGAUUGUUGCUGGAAAUAUUACGCCGUCCUUCAUCGAGGGGAACUCUUUGCCUGGAGAGGUCUGGUUUGCCUGGGUGGUCCUGAACAUGGAAUCUAUUUUUGAGGAGGAUUCUCAGCUACGCCGCUGUGUGGAGCAGGAGCUGCUCACCAGCCCCUCUCUCCCUCCAGACCAGGCUCUCAAGAAAGCACAGGCGCGCCUCAAGCUGCAUGUAGUGCCAUCCAUACAGAGGCUGAUGGUGUAUCGCUGGGCACACCAGGCCCUCACCACCCCUGCAGACCACCCUCUCCUUCCUCUCAUCUGGCAGAAAUUCUUCCUGCUCUAUCUGCGCCAGCCUGGGCCGGAGUUUGGGUUGGAGGCUAAGGGCUGCAUCGGGCGGCGCUACUUUCACAGCCCGGCACACUCCAGCCUGCUGAAGGAGCUGCGACAGCGGUUGGUGGAAGUGGCUGACUUCCACCACGCAGCCAGCAAAGCCCUGAAGGUGCCCAGGACCUCUGAGCCCAGCGAGGCUGAAGUCAAUGCUGCGACCCCCACUACUGAGUACAUGACCUCCCCAGAACUGCACACAGAACUGGUCAGGCUGUUCAGUGUUUUUGCUGUUUGGCUGGAUGAUGAAAAUCUGCAGAAAAAAGAAAUUUAUUUUCCUUCAUUGCCAAAGCAGUAUGAUGCACACCGGCUGGCCAAAAUCAUGCAAAAUCAGCAGGACAUGUGGAUAGAGUUUGUUGAUAUUGAACGAGUCCAGCAUGAGUUGAAGGAAGUUCUGAGUCUCUGGGUUAAAAUUCAAACUGAGCCAUUGUUUCAACAUAACCACUUCAUAUCCAUCUUCACUGAUUUUAUUAACCCUCUGGCAGCAAGAGACCGUAUUCUGAAUAACCUAAAGAAACACGAUGCUCCGCAACCACCCUCAUCUUUGUCACGAAUGAGAGCUCCAGUCCCUGAUAUUUCACCUGGAAGCUUGUCUGAUGAAGAAACUGCAGCCACGCUUAUCCAUGAGAACCUCAGCAAACUGCAACACCAGGCCAAGCUGGCCACUCUGCGGGAGCUGCAGCAGGUGGCACUGGACAACGAUCUGCUGGACACUCUCCCCCAGCUCUACAUCAACCGAGAGGAGCAGCUGUCCAUGCAGCUGGAGUGUCGGGGCAGCGGGGGGAGGCCCUGUCAGGGCCCAGCGCACAUCACCGUCAUGUUUGAAGGAAUUCACAAGCUCGAGCCUAUCCAAAACCAGAUCCAGUCUCUGAAGAGAGACCUUAAGCAGCUCCAGACAGAUGCCAUGAAACCCCCUCCACAGAGCGUAGCUGAAGCUGCUGUGCACAUGGAGAAUUUCAUCACGGCCCUUGUUAAUACCUUUAAGAUGCAUCCUACUCCCAUUGUGCAGAAAGUGGGGAUUGCAGUCUUUUACAAAGUGGUGUCGUUUGUGUGUGAAGACACCCAGCGCCACCCUCCUACCAGGCAGUUCUUCUCCUCUUGCAUUGAAAUUCUGGGCCAGGUCUUUAUCCGGGACACACCAAAGGAGUGCAAGAAAAUGCUGAAGACCAUCCUUCAGAACCGGCAGCUCUGCAACCUGCUCUCCCCCUACUUCACCCCCAACGCCUCGCCCGCAGAGCUGGUCUCCCUCUACGAAGAGGUGGUGGGAGCUCUGCAUGUUGACAGCGGGGAUGUCGUCUUCAUGCUACUCACAAAGUUUGACCUAAUGCACUGGCUGUCCUCCAGUCAGCCGCUCUUCCCUGAGAGAAGCAGGCUGGUGGAGCUGAUACACAUGGCCCUGACGGCCUGUGGCCUGGAUCCUGAGCCAGAGAUCCUCAUGCCUUUUAACCUGUUCUGUAAACACUGGACCCAGUUACUGAGCUACCAAUUCCCCGAUCACUAUAGUGACUUUCUCCGGCUCCUUAUGCAGAGUUCAGCAGACCAGCUCAUUAGUCCUGAAUGCUGGAAGUCUUCUCUGCGGGUGCUGGGUUGUUCUUCUGCACUCAAAAAGGAAUCCAUUAAAAACCCACCUUCUGCUUCUAGAGCCAUCACUAUUUCCCUGUCGCCUCAACAAGUUCAGGAGACCAUAGAAUGGCUGUCAGGUUUCUUCCUGAAACUCCGUCUCUCAAAAGCUGAUUUCCGCAGUUUUGGGCUGUUUUCUAAGUGGGGUCCUUACCUGGAGGAAGUGAAGAUAUUUUGGAGAUACCUGGUGAACAAUAUCAUUACCUUGGAAUUUGCUGGUUUAGCCAAAGAGCCAGUGGGCAGCAACGUGGUACUUAACGCCCUGCUGACUUUGCACUCAAAGAUCAUUGGCCUUUUCAAGCCAUGGAUCCUGGUGCUGGAUACAGAUGAUCCGAGUAACCCUCGCUGCUUUCCGUGGCUGGAAACUGACACCCCUGCUGCUGCCAGUCUGGUGGCCAUGUAUUCCCAUUUCACAGAACGCCUGCAUGAGACGUUCAAAGAUAUGUUGCUGCCUGGCCAGAGAGAUGCUCUCAGGAUACAUCUGAUGCACUACUGUGAAACAUGCACCGCUCCCAAAAUGCCAGAGUACAUCCUGUACACAUACCACACAGAAUAUAGCCGGUUGCCUUGGAAGGACCUGCACCCAGACCAAACUCUCAUGAACCAGUUUUUUAAUGUAGAGAGAGGGAGUCCAAAGAGCUGUUUCCUGUUCCUGGGAGGUGUGCUGUGUGAGGUGAACUGGGUGAGUGUCCUGAGCAGUGCCUUGACUUCCCAGCCCAACCCAGACACCCAGAUCAUGGUCGUCUGUCUGCUCUACACGAUGAUCUUCCUUGCCAAGGAGGACCAACUUCUCAGCAAGCCUGACUCUCCACUUCUGAGUCUGCUUGGACAGUCCAGUUCUCUCCCUUGGCACCUUGUGGACUCUUCCUCCUAUCGCAAUGUGAUGGGCUAUGUGAACACCCAUUACCCCUCAGCUCUCAUCCUGAAGAGGGACACCUCCUCAGAACUUGUGGUCAAACUUCUGAAGAUGACUGCUGGCUUUGAAUCCACCUUUGAAGGAACACUGCACAGUGACAUGAUGCUGAAGUGUCAGGCCUUCAUCCACAUGGUUGUUCAGUUCCUGACUACCUUGGACCAGAAUGGGAACAUCAGCCUCUCAGAACUGAAAAGGGAGAUGGAGAGUUUGCUAGAGGACAUUGUGGUCUUCAACCCUCCAGAGACUGACCUGCGCCAGCGACACAUGGCUACGUGCAGCCUGUUUGCAGAGGUUCUGAAGGUGCUGAACAGUGCAGGUGUGUCCACUGCUGAGGCCCUUGGAGGGAUGCUGCACAGCUGGGUGGAGCGCAGGGCCUGGGCCCCCCUGGUCCUGCCCCUUCUCACCGCUGCUUGCUGCAGCCUAGCUUCUGUCCGCCAUAUGGCUCGCACCACUGAGGCCUGCAUCCUUGCCUACUUCACCGAUGGAGCCUGUGUGGAUCAGUACUCUGGGUGGGGCCCUAUCCUGUUGUCUCUCCAGGUGCCCGAGCUGACAGUCGAGGACUUUCUCCAGGAGAGUCUGGCGUUGGGCAGCUUCCUUACACUGUACGUCUACAUCCUCCAGAGGCUCAACCUUGAGCAGACUCUGGUUAAUGAGAAGAAGACUCUGAUGCUGCUCAAGACUUGGAUGAGCGAAGUCUUCCCCAGCAGUCCAGCUGAUGAGAGCAAGCUGUUCCUGUGGUGGCACAAGAGCCUGGAGCUGAUACAGGUGCAGGUGGACCAGGGCGAUGUCUGUGACCUGGAGCCCCUCAUCCAGACCCUGCUCAGCUUGCAGGCUCGGCUUGCCCAGCUGGGGGAAGAGAGGCUGGCCUCCGGGAUCCUGGGGGCUAUAGGUCUGGGCAAGAAGUCACCUCUUUCCAGCAGGUUCCGGGUUGUGGUGCGCAGUAUGUCAGCAUUCCUGUUAGUCCAGGUGCCUGCGGAGAACCGGCUCCGACUCCAGCCAGGAUCAGACCUGCAAAUCUCCCCUAAAGCACAGCAAGCACUUAACACCCUUGACUUGAUGCCUUCUACGAAGCAGUACUCUGAGUUCCAAGAAACACUCAGUCAAGCCUGUCAGUUCAUCAGAUACCCCGGCCACUGUCUGCUGGAUGGGAAUCGUCUGCUCGCUCUCCUCGUCAAUGCUCUCUAUGCGGAUUUGCACUACUUGGACAUCAUACGGUAGCACUUCUGUCCUCUGUUGACGAGAGGGCAGCAGCUGGGACACAGAACAGCAGAAUGUUUCCUCUUCAGACUGGCAUAAGAAGGUGGUGAAAUCACAGCAGUUUGGAACUACCUUGAAACGCACUGCUCCAUGGGUAUAGACCAAAACUUAUGAAUGCUAAAAAUGCCAUUUCUUUCUUUGAAAAGGGUACUGAAACACUGGAUUCCAUUCCCUAGCGAUGCUUUCUAAGAGGGGUAUUUCUGUCUCAGCUGGCAAAUUUACAAAAAAUCCCUCCUACCCUUUCCUUUGCUCAGCUCUUUGCACAGAUUCUUUAGAGUUUGGAGUCAAACCCCAGAUCUGUAUUAUGAACCCCUGAUCUGUAUCCUGGUAUUGACAAGUCAGGUUGUAAUUGAAUAAUCAUUGUCCUGCUUUGUGGAAUCCAGACCUAUAGAUAGAUCUCAGAUUGUUCUGAGUGUAGCGAUAACUCAUUUUUUCAUUUUCCUAGCAACAGCUGAUAAACUCUGAGAUGGAUUAUACUCUUACCACCAGGAGCUCCAGAAUUUGGAGGUGUUGCAUGUAGAACAAGACAAGUUUCAAAAAGAUAGUUUUCUUGGGUUUGUGAGUUUGUGUUGAGGUUUCACUUUCAUGCCUUGAAAUUCCAGUAUAAAGUUUGCGCUCAAGUGGCCUUGGAAAAUAAUUCUGAAGCAAAAAUGGGGUAAAACGCAGAACAUUUUUUGUUAGACAAAAUCUGUGCUAUUCAAAUUAAUUAAUGGAAUAUGAUAGGUAAUAUUUUGUUUCCAGUAAUUCUUUGACCAGUUACAAUUUAAAAUUUUCACUGCAUAUGUAAAUGAAGUUUUAAAAGUAUAACUUCUCUCACCAGAUGUUACAGAAAUCUUUAUAAUUGAAUCUACAUUCUAUAGUGUGUAUAGAUAUUUAAAAAGGAGAACGUUAUCUUUUGUCAGAAUGUACUUGUUGUUCACUCAUAAUGAUUCUUAUAAGUAUGAUACAGCAUAUAUUAUUGUAAUAUUGAAUGUUUCACCACCUUUCUUCCAUUGGGUUCAAAAUUGGAUUAGUGGCCACCAAACACCUUUUCCACCUAAUUUGUGAGUAAGGAUUUGUUUUAAUGCGUGCUUUCCCAUUGCACAACCACAGCAUCCCAAAUGUUUUUCAGAUGGUUCCAACUAGAUUUAUCUGACUCUUUUCAUGAUAAACUGUCAGAGAGUCAGAAACUGUCAGUAAUUGCUGGACUAGUACACAACUCACAAGAUCUUCCUGAAGGCACAACUCUGGUGCCUUACUGUACAAAGGACAUGCCUACCCUUUUCUAUCACAAGUCUUAUAUUUGGCUGUAAUCCCUUUCUCUUCUGUCAAAGAAAGAAAAAAAGUAAUCUCCCCCGACACAUACAAUCAUAAAUAUUUUAAGUAUUAUCCUGCUUUUUGCUGUUUUUUUGAAGUGCCAAACCAAUCCUUUCUCUCAUAAAUUACUGUCUACAUCUCUACAAAUGUGGGAAUGAUGAAAGAGGUGAGGUCCAAUAAAACUUUUAAUCUUUCUUUUCUCUUUAAAAAGGAUUUGAUUGUGAAUAUUCCACAUUUGAAGCAAAAUUAUUAAAAAAAACAAAACAUUCAAACACUAUUGAAAACAUAGCCUUUAAAUUAUCAACAGUAUAUUACACCAUGUAAGCAGUUUGUAAUGGUCUGCGUAGUAUUAUGCUUUAUGAGAAAGUAAGUACUACCAAUGCUUGGUACUUUGGUAUGCAACCAACAAAUAAUUUAACUUGUCAAUAAUACUGUGUGUUGAUUUCAGAACGUGAUUUUGAUUACAUGAUUUCACUGGAGUAUACAAAAUGAGAUAAAAUGUAUGAUUUAGUCAAAACAAAAACUGUAAGGGUACUUUGAAUUAGGCUUCAAAUAAAAAAAAUGCAUUCAAUUAUUGUGCUUCAUACCUUUUAGAAAAUAUAAAGACUUCACAAGACAAAUAAACUGAUACUGGAGUCAGAUAUAUCUUAAACACAAACAGACAUAUGUGUUAAAACCCUGAAAAGAUUGCAUGACAGCACCAUUGUUGAAUAAUAUUUAAUCUUGAAUUGUAAGACACAGUAGCUACAAAAAUGAUGGAACACCAAAUCUUUAAAACAUAAGAAGCUUCUGAAGCAGAUUUGAAGCGCUUAUUUCCAAUACAGCUACUAGGAUUCAGUAUGAUUUUUGGUCCAUUUACUUGCUCUGUUCAGACAGAAUAUCCUGGAUAACUAAAAUCAAAAUAGUAACCUCUAAGAAAGGUCAUUGCAUGCCAUCAACUAUUCUACCACUUCUUAUCUGCCUUAUCUGUAUGCUUCUCAUGUAUUACAGUUUUAUAUUCCCAUUGUGCCAUAGAGAUACUUGGGUUGUGCAAAAGCCUAAAUUUAAAUUUUGACUGUGUAACCUUUUAUUGAAAGUUAUCCAAUAAGAAAAAUCUAUAGCAUAGGUUGAAUGUAUGUUGCAAUUACAUUUGUAAAAAAAGAAGUCUUUAUUGGAACACUGUAUAUGUGAUUAAGUAAAAAUAAAAUUGUAUUUGAAUU